AUGGGAGAAGAAAAGGAAAAAGAGAAGCUGGCGCUUGUGUUAGCUACAAAGUCAAGAUCAUUGUUGUACUCUUCAUCACCUGCAAGUCCACGAGUGUUUGCUUCUCCUAUUCACACUCUUGCUUCUGUUCCGUUUUGCUGGGAAGAACAACCAGGCAAGCCCAAGGACCCUCUUCUUCCUCUUUCUUACCCUAAAUGUCUUGAUCUGCCACCACGCUUGCUCCUUCCUGGUGAAUUGCCCUUGCCUGAGAGGAAACAUGGGCUCUUUGGGGGGUUCCUGAGGAGGAAAGGGAGAGGAGAGGUUGUUAUGAGGGGAAGUUAUGUCUUUCUGUCUGAGAAGGAGAGAGCAGGUGAGAUCAACAACAACAUGAAGAUCAUGAAGUUUACUAGAUCAGGGAGCUUACAUGAUGGUGGCUCUGGAGCUUUGUGUAAGGGAUUGAAGCAAGCAAUGCCACGGAAGAACAAGAAGCUGAGAAGCUAA